GAGGGGCAGGUGAGCGGGAGAGGGGCCGGGCGGGGGCUGCAGCCCUCCCCACCCGGGCCUCGUCUCGUCCGCUUCCCCUGUUGUGCAUUUGGGGGAAGCGGGAAGUCGCCGCCCCCAUAGCGCUGCGAGUUGGGCUGGAUUCGAGAGGGGAUAUGCCGUCUCCCCAUCCUGCGUCCAGGUCAGCGCUUAUCUAUAGGAUUUAGUGUUAAGCCCUGGGCUGAAGGCGUUACUGACGGGCUCAAGGGAAACUAGUUACAUCGGUUUUGAUCGUAUUCUAAAUAGGCAAUAAAAUCAUAAAUUCUCCAGGCUGACUUAGUACUGGUCUGUGGCCCCGCUGAUAAAGGUAUCGUUCGUUUCUCUGCCAGGUGUCUUACAGCACAGAGGGCUGCUUUCAGCCUGAGUACCUUCAGUGGGCUUUCGCCCUUUUCCCUUUGUGAAGAGUAGAGGCUGGCCGUUGGUCCUGGAAAGACUUUAUUUUUAGUUGGGUUGACAUUUCACAGGAAAUGCAGUUAUCCCGUAAGUGGAUAAAGGGUUCUCAGUAGUUCAGACUCGCUUGGCUUCUGCCGUAUGCCCGAGGUGACGGCGGUUACAGUGUGUCAGAGCCAGGUGGAGAUGUACGAUGGUCAGGCCCAGAGGAGGGAGGAGCCCAGGCUGGAAUGUGGCCUUGGGAAGAAGGAAGAGAAGGGGUCUGGGAGGGCAUUUCAGAGGACUGAACAACACUAGAGGCGUGAAGCUUGGUGCACCGCUGCCAGGACUUUCCUAGUCCCGGAGGAAUUGGGGAAUUGGGGAUGGGGUCGUGAAGAGAAAGGUGGUGGGAGCCAGACUUCAGUGCUCCUGGACGCCAGGCGGAGGACUUCAUCCCAGACUUCAGUGCUCCUGGACGCCAGGCGGAGGACUUCAUCCCAGACUUCAGUGCUCCUGGACCCCAGGCGGAGGACUUCAUCCCAGACUGUCAGUGCUCCUGGACCCCAGGCGGAGGACUUCAUCCCAGACUGUCAGUGCUCCUGGACCCCAGGCGGAGGACUUCAUCCUUACCACGCACAUAGUGAUGGACCACAGAUGUGGAUGAAUGUGGUGGGCCCUAGAACAAGGCACAUAGAGAGUUUUACACUUUCUGGCAUGUCCUCAUGGUUUCUGUUUGGACUGGUUUGAUCUCCCUUUCAAUUUUGUUUGUGACUAGACAUAAAGCAGUCACCUUCAGCAGGUAACUGAUGGGCUGUCUGCUAUGUAAUGGACUUCCAGGUGGUAGGGCCCAGCCCUGAACCGGACAAGGGACCCCUCCAGGAGCUUCAUUCUAGCAGGAGAAAAUUGAGAAAUAAGCCAGAAAGGUAUCAGGAAACAGUUGUACACAAAAUGAAAGCAGGGUGAUGUGAUGUAAGGUACUGGGGGUCAGUGUGGGCGAUAACGGAGGUCUCUGAAGAGGAGGUGGCCUUCAAACUGAGCAGAGAGGAGGGCUGCAGUGGGGGCAGCUGCUGUGAGGGCUGCCCUUGAUCUGGGAACAGGGCUGGCACUGCCUUGCCUGGAUCCAAGGGUGUUCCACGGGCUGCCCAGUGACGACUCGCAAGAGCCUCGUGGAGAAGGCACGAGAGGUGCUGUUGUCCCAUUUCACAGACUGGAACCUGAGGCAUCCUGGAAUAGCCUGUCCUGGUCACACUGACAGAGAGUGGUAGAGCCAGGAUCUGAAAGCAGGCUGUUGGAGUCCAAAGUUCACGUUCUUGCUCCUGCCACACUGCCUCAGGCUAUUCCUGGUGAUGCGUUCAGUCAGGGUGCAAGCUGACUGUGUGUGUUUGGUAUACGUGUUGUGUGUGUCACAGAAGCAGAAUUGGCUGAUGGGUUUCGAGUAGGUUUUUUACACGUUCAGCUGGAGAGAGACGUUCUGAACUUUGCCUAGAGAACACCCUUUGGUGGGAGAGCCGAGUAUUUUCUCUCUGACAUUACUCUCAUCACCUGCAGUCAAGUAAAAGCGCUUUAAUGGGAAACAGUCUGAGUAAAACGGGGAAAACUGUAAGGAGCUACAAGACGAAGAAUGUGAUGCGUGUCUUUCAGAUGCCUGGCUUUGGCCUAAACAGGGUGGCCUUUCCAGGUGGCGCAUUCUAGUGUAGCCUCUAUUUAAAUACGGAGUUCUCUCAGUGGAGAGUGAAAGUGCUCCUCCUGUGUGUCUUUGGUUUACAUGGCUUUGUGAGACCAAAGGGCCCCUCGGUCUCCUCGAGCCGGCCUGGCACUCCGCAGGAUCCAGGAAUGGUGUCACGGAGCCACAUUCUGCACAGACUUGGUGACGUGGAGGGAGCUGCCUGGAUCAUUUCCCCGCAUCAGUUGUGAUGGGAGAGCCGAGGCCCUUGAGGGCAGGAUUGCGUCUGGCCCCCUCUGCCUUCCACCCGCAGGGAAGGUUUCCCCAGCGCUCACAGGGUGGGACUGGAGGAGCGUUGGUUUCAGGAAGAUGCGGGUUUCAGCUCCUGCCCUCUGUGAACAUGCUGAUGGGCCAGGACAAUGCUUUAGCCUUUGUGAGCCUCAGUUUUCUUACCUGUGCAUGAGAACAGUAAGACUGACCCCAAGGGUUGCCGAGGAACGAUGUCUUUGCUUUCGUGUCUGGUGUUUCUUAGAGCCUCGUUUUACAGAUGAGGAAACCGAGGCCGGCUGCUGCGUGCUCAGAGGGUUUGUUAAAGGCCUCACAGCCGCUUAGCACAGGCAGGACUUUAGGCCAAACUUGAGGCCGGAGUCUGUUUCUCCUCACUGCCCUGCCAAGGCAGCAGAUGGGGGUGGUGGGGGAGAGGAAUGCGCCCCUGGCAUCUUCUCUAGCUCAGGGGCCAGCAGGCAUCUCAUCUUCUAAAGUAGGAAUGACAACCGGCAGGCGUUGGGUACUCAGCAGCGCUUUCCUGAAGAGCGGCAGGUCCUGAUGCCGUCUCGUCCCGGGAGUGGGUGGUGGCGUGCUCGGCUGAGGAGCCAGGUGGCAGUCAGGCUUGGCUUGGCCUGUCCAGAAGCAGAGCUGUGGCGGGACCUUGGACACGUGGCUUCCACUGUUUGAGACUAGGUCCUUCUUGGUGAAAUGUGGGUAAUGAUGCCCUUCACUUGGGCAUCUGGGAAUUAAGUGGGUGAACAAUGUGACCUCUGGCACGUGGGUUCUCAGGUGAAUUCCUCAGGGCAUCACAGCAGUGUGUUGAAAUAGGAGCAGAUAUGUUACCUCCACUUGCCAGAUAAGAAACUGGGACGCAGAUGGAUGCACUACCUGAGAGUUGUAGGUAACAUUUUCCUGUUCGUGGGGUGGAGGACCUGGCCCUGAGAGGACAGGACCCUUCCUGCUCCUGCCAGACCAGAGACCCAGGACAGGGUGUGGAGCAGACAGGGUGCCUGGGUGGGGGAACUCUGAGGGAUCCACAGAGGAUGCGGUCCCUGGAGGGAGGACGUGCAGUGCCACAUGCCAUAGACCAGCCAGUGGACCCCAUGGCACCAAGGCUGCUCCUGGGGCCAGUGGGGUGGACAGUGCCACCCACGCAGGUGACUGAGGUGCAGGAGUGGGAAUGAAAACGCGGCCUGUGCUGGGCUCAUGUGUCUAACGCUGCCCUUCCCCUCCACGGAAGCCUGUGCACCUGCUACUUUUUCCCGAACAGUUCAUGAUAAAAACACACAUGGUAUGGACACAAUACUGAAUGUUGAAGAAACCUACGUGACAGUGUUGGUGAAAAUAGGGCCAAGAUUUCACACCCUUGAAUGCUUUUUAUUGAAAAGUAUUUUGUGUUUUUCUCCCAGUUACAGAAUGUCUGAAGGGGACAGUGUGGGAGAGUCCGUCCAUGGGAAACCUUCGGUGGUGUACAGAUUUUUCACAAGACUUGGACAGGGUUGGUACAUUGUGACCUAUGCCUUGGGGAUCUACCAUCUAAAUCUUUUCAUAGCUUUUCUUUCUCCCAAAGUGGAUCCUUCCUUAAUGGAAGACUCAGAUGACGGUCCUUCGCUACCCACCAAACAGAACGAGGAAUUCCGCCCCUUCAUUCGAAGGCUUCCAGAGUUUAAAUUUUGGCACGCGGCUACCAAGGGCAUCCUUGUGGCUAUGGUCUGUACUUUCUUCGACGCUUUCAACGUCCCAGUGUUCUGGCCGAUCCUGGUGAUGUACUUCAUCAUGCUCUUCUGUAUCACAAUGAAGAGGCAAAUCAAGCACAUGAUUAAGUACCGGUACAUCCCGUUCACACAUGGGAAGAGGAGGUACAGAGGCAAGGAGGACGCCGGCAAGGCUUUUGCCAGCUAGAAGCGGGACUGAGGCUGCCUCACGUGUUGCAAGAACGGUUUUGAGCCAUUGUUAACAAUGCCUUUUUUCUUCACAUAAAGUAGUUGAUUACGAGGGAGUUGAAUUUUCUUUUUAAAAAGGAGCUUCAAUGAUUUGUAACUGAAAUAUCAGGUUCUUGAAGAAACUGGCACUUAAACCAAAUCGCAUGGAUUUCUUUUUCAGUGACGUUCAAGUGUUUCUCACGGAUGGAAUUCUAGUCAGCUGCAGGCGGGAAGCCAGGCGGGUGGAGCCCAUGGGAGCAAGGGCGAGUGGCCGGUCCCCCCCCGGUGCCAGGUGGGCAGGCAGGAGCGAGGCCUGCAAGGGAGGAAUGGGCCGCUCCCCGCCAGCCGCCUUCCCCACCAGCCACAGGUGUGCCAGCCACUCCACAGAGCCCGAGUGAUGAUCUAGCCUGAUUCCUGCGUGUCUGAAAGAACUUAACGUUUUAAAGAUGAUUGUCAAGUAACUGUGUGGGGUUCUAAUGCCAGUUUCCUAAUCCAUCUCACUGGAGAUGUUUAAAGUUGGCCUCUAUCCUAAUGACUCAAAACUUUGUUCUUAACUACCAUGAUUGCUUUUGAGGGCCCAGAAUUAUAAAUAUAUAUUAUAUUUUAAUUGUUUGA